AUGAGCUCACGAACCACGCCUGGGCUUGACCAACUCUUUGCUCCUAUCAGACACGGCGAGAUCAACGAUGUCGUGUUUUCGGCUGCUGCGACGCUCCCAGUUUCUCGAAUUGGAGUCAACACUCCUUCAGCGACCGCAUCUUCUACGCUCAGUCGAAGUGUUUUGCAGGGUUCAACGACGUUUAGUCACGCCUCUUCGUCUACCCCAUCGUCAUCAUCAUCAGCUCUACCGCUACCUCCUCCACUAGCUUUGAGGCACGAUUCUCGACUCUCUAAGUCCGCUGCCCUAGGCAUCGGCGUUGCCGUUGGUAUAAUCGGCAUCCUCCUCUUCAUAUCAAUAGCCCUUCUUAUCUACCGCCGCUAUAAGCUAAGGCAUUCGCCAUCGAGCCGCCACUAUCGACAGACUAAGCUAUGGAAGGGAUUCGUUCCAGCGACCCCCAAUACAGCCCGAACCACCUUCGUUGAGACGAAGAUGGCGAAUAUCUACUUCGCCGAACUGCCGACUCCAGCUACUCCAGCUUUCAUGGCGAGUCCGCCCUUGGAGGAGAAUAUUGGGGACCGAGUGAGCUGGAAUAGGGGCAAUCGGACGAGCUGGCCUGUGUCGCCUAUUACACCGGGGUCGCCUCCUAUUGAAAUGCCUAUAUGA